AUGAGCAGCAGACACACCAUCGUAUUGAUGCAACCAGAAGGCAGAAAGGCCACCCGUACUUUUAUGGAUUAUGAAACUGUUGAAGCUGCCGUUGAAGAGUCAAGACCAACUCAAAAGAACAUCACCUACGACAUUGCUUCACUUUUCAAAUAUUUGGAUAGCAUUCAUGAUCUUUCAUGUCUUGUUUACACUCAUUCUAUCAAUGCUUACGUUCCAUACAACAAGGAAUGGAUCAAGAAUAGAAUCAUGAACCACUUGCAAAAAAUGGCUCAAUAA